CACGCUUCUCUCUCAUGCACUUCCGAGCCGCGGCUGCCUUCGCCCUGGCGGGUGUAGCAUCUACGUCCGUGGACAUGUACAACCCACCCAACAUCAACUACAACACGGAGCACGGCAUUGUUCGGCACAUCCUGGACCCAGCAACCCAGAACACCCCGCUUCGCUUCACCCAGCAGCAUCUGCGUCCACCGCCGCCGCGCCUCCCGUCUGUGUUUGACAUCUUCAUCGGCAUUUCGUCCUACCGAGACGGCGUGCGCUGCGGGUUCACGCUCUUCACCGCGUUCUCCCGCGCAACGCACCCGGAUCGGGUGUACGUGGGGGUUGUGGACCAAGUGUUGCCGACGGAUGCAACCUGCCUGGACGAGUACUGCAAGCUCGCAACAAGUCACUGGGGCGAGUGCAAGUUCAAAUCCCACAUCACGAUCGACAGUCACGACGCGUUAACGUCCACAGGUCCCACGGGCGCCCGCCACGCGCAGCAGCAGCUCAUCGGAGACGAGGAAUUCUGCCUUGAACUCGAUGCCCACAGCCAGCUCAUCACGGCAUGGGACACCAAGCUAGUCAAGGAAUGGGUCCGCACCAACAACGAGAUGGCGGUGCUGUCCACGUAUCCCAUGGGGUUUGAGUACAUGCACGCCCAAGACUUGACCUUCCGCGACUCGAUAUCCACACACCUCUGUCGACACAUGCACCGGUCCAGCGCCGACGCGAUCCCGUAUACCAAGGGAAGCUCCAUCAUCCACGACUCCGAGUGGCCGCAGAUGGCCGUGUACUUUGGCGGCGGACUCAGCUUUAGCAAGUGCCAUGCCGAGAAGCGCGCCGUGGUGGACGCCAACAUGAAGUGGUUGUUCUACGGAGAGGAAUACCUCCGGACUAUGGCGCUAUGGACGCACGGAUAUGACAUUUACUCACCCAGUCGACAUGGCGUUGCUGUGUUUCACAACUGGACCAGCGACCCCCAUCGCAUUCAUUUUUGGAAAGAUACCCCCCCAGCCGCGUUAAACGCCAAGUACGACCAAGAACAGCAGACUUAUAAUCGGCUCAAGAACAUCCUGAAGCUCCCGUUUCAAGGAUAUGUGGAUAUGACGGAUGUGGCCAGCUACAGCUACGGACUGGUGCGAUCGGUGGACCAGUUUAUCGAGUUUUCCGGCAUCUCCCCAACCAACGCCGAGUUGGACACACAUAGGUGCAACCAGCUGCACUGGGUGCCGUACGCCCGUCCCGAGGUGGUCGAGGCGUGGGUGCCUGGCUACCAUAUGCACCCACUGGCUCCAGCAGAUAUUAGCCCAUCUCAAGCAGCAAUGAACAACAAACAAGUUCAAGCGUUGAUGGACCUACUAGUUAACGCGACUAGUAGUACUAGUACUACCCACGACCUAGUAGCUGCGGGGAAGCAAGCGAUUGCAGAUGGAUUAAGCCAACAGAAAGCCAACGUGGACGAGUUACUCAAGCAGGUGGCGGCGUUAACUAGUCUUAGUAACGAGUGGAAGCAAGUAAAGAACGCCGUGGUUCAAGACAAAGAGCAGCGGUGGACAGAGCUACUUUUGAACCAAGAUUUGCUCAAGAAGAUGGAAACGCAGCUCAAACAACUCACGGAAGCGAGAAAGAAGGACUCCUCUGUGGUUGAGAUGUUCUUGCCAGGAUUUGGGAUCGCGGGGCUGGUGGUGGUCGUGCUAUUGUUUGUGUUGGUUCAAACACGACGAGGAAGGACCCAAUACCACCAAGUGCCCACCACCCAAUCAUCCUUAGAAUAACAAGAAAAAAGAAGAGUUGGGUGCGUAUGCGA